AUGCUUAUUGAGUGCGUGUUGGGUUUGAAUGUAGCCUCUAUGAAGAAAGCAGCUAUUUCCACCUUGAAUCCGUUUUCCGGAGAGGGUUCUGGUGAUGUAAAGGGCACAGCAGCAGUGGUGGUCAAGCACAUACUGCCUUCCAGCUGUCUGGAUCAGGCCCUGUACAUCGGAGCAAAGGGUCGGGAUGAAGACGACUACCCUUUUGUGCCGAACUGCGGGCAACCGGCGGCAGACUCCAUCAAAUGCUUCCCUCAAAACAGUGUGGUGCAACUCUACGACGGCUCGACCGCGCUCAUUCAGGAGCUCGAUGUCGGAGCUGUGCUAGAUGAUGGAGAUGGAGAACCAACCAAAUUGAUUGGCUGGCUGCACAAGAACGACAGUUACUGGGGGUCGGACUGGGUUGAGCUCGAAACCGAACGAGGCGAUACACUCACCGCCUCGUCCAGCCACGCCGUCUUCACAAGCUCGGUCGCUGGCGCGCAAGAGACCGCGAAGGCGAUGCGGCAUGUGCGGUCGGGCGUGGACCAAUUGUGGAGUGCGAACGCGACGGCCUGGACGAGCGUCACGCGAACGCGCCGCGUCUACUCGCGAGGGCUGUACGCACCUUUGACGACCAGCGGCUCGUUGGUGGUGAGUGGGUUCAAGGUGUCUGUGUUUUCGGAGUUAAGAGGGAGGCACGGAGCAUUGGCAUCGGUUGUACUUAGUCAAAAAGGGCGGGACGCGCACACGCGUGCGCUGAACCAAGGCGGCCGUUGGCUAGUGGAGUUAUAUAAGCAGGAAAUCGUACGAAAGACGUUGCAAUCCGUUGCGGGCUGGUUCAUCGCCGAGUCUCGCUACGGAGACAAGUUCCUGACAGCGGCGGAGCAGCUGGCCACGAAGUACUCCCACUUUUUAUCUUCCUUUUGGCCGAGGUAA